AUUUUCAUAUAAUCUUAUUUCACAGUCUUUAAUUUAAUAUUUAUAAUUGCAUUAGUCAAUUUAACAUUUGAGAGAAUUUUCAAUAAAAUAAAUACCAAUAAUCAAUUAAAUGAAUAGCUAUUUAAUGAAAAAAUAGUUUAAAUUGAAGAAUAUAGAAAAGGUCUAUGGUUAAUAAGUGCUUUAGUUUCAUUGAGUUUUUAAUAUUCAAAAUAUUCAUAAUAAUAUAUUUUAAUGUAAAAAAUAAAACCUUACCAUUUAAUAAUUUAAGUAAAGAAGCUUAUUACGAUCUAGAAAUAUAUAUAGUUGAAGGUUAAUCUUGGUUGCAUAUUGUGAAAAUGUUCUUGCCAAAUAGUUUUGUUUUUUUGAAUUCUAUUUUUGGUUUUAUGAAAUAAUAAAAUAUUUCUUAUUAAUUAAAAUAUAGUGAAAUAAAAAUGUCUAAAUAAAAAGUUAAAUUAAUAAAUUUUUUAAUGAUUUUAAUUUUAGGAUUAUUAAUAGGUUUAUAAGCUUUUAAUUUCGGAAUUAUUUCUUAUUUUUUCUAAGCUUUAUUUAUAAUAUAUUUAGUUUUGUAUUUUAGGAAUGAAAAAUAAAAUUAUAAAUAUAUUCUUUUUUUUAUUUAAGUUAAUAAAUUUUUCUGUUGUUUUGUUUUAUUGGCAAAUUAUAUGGUUUCGACAAAAACUUUUUAGAAAUAUAUUAAUUCGGAAAAAUAUACAUUUUUUUUUAUUGGAAUAAACCAUUUAUAUUCAUUUUAAACAAAUUUAAUUGUAAAAUAAAAAAAAAAUAUAUAUUUCAUUUAUAUAUAUAUAUAUAUAUAUUUAUAUAUUCAUAUUUAUUAUUUAUAAUAGGAUAAUAUUAUUUACUUUUGUUUUUUGUUUUUUACUUGCUUAUUAUUAUUUAAAAUUGCUGAUUUUGUAAAAUUUGAUUUACUUUUAAUAGAAAUAAUAAAUUAAACUGAAUAAAUUUAAAAGAAAAUAAAUUAGAUAAAUUUUAAUAACGAAUUUAAAAUAAAAAUAUAAGAAGAUGAUGACUAACAGAAAAUUUAAAAUUAAGAAUUUGUUUCUUAUUAAUAAACUCCUAUUAUCAAUAUUGGGAUAUUUUAAGAAGAAAAUAUUAUUUAUUAAGAAUAAAAAGAAUUACAAAUUUAAGAAUUAAUGCAUUCUGAAAAUUCCGGAAAUGAGUAAAAAUAAGUAUAAUUAAAAUAAUAAAAAAUCAAUUUUCAAACUAAAAUUAAAUAAUUCAUGAAACUUAUUUAUUUAGGAUUUACUUAAUUUUUAAAAAACUUUAAAAGUUUAAUUUUUAUUUUAAGAUUUUUAUAAAUAACAACUAUGAUUCUUUGUCAAAGGUAUUAAUCUUAUUAUUCUUUAGGACUUCUUUUAUGGAUAUUAUUAACAGGACUAACUAUAAACCAUAAUUUUACUAGAAUAAGUACUCUAUUAAUGGCUAUUCCUUCAGUUUUUUUGACAUAGAUAUUUUUGGUUUUUGCUAAUUUAAAAGAUAAUUAAAUAGUUCCUCAUUGGGCAAAUAAUUAUUUAGGUUUUUAAAAAGUAAAAUUUGUUUGGAUUGAAAUAAUAAUAUUAAAUGCUUCUAUAUUUUUCUUUUAUUUAUAUUGUAUAUAAGUUAAGAAAUAUGAAGCUUAAAAAAUCAAAGAAAAAAUGCAAAAAAAUUCAGGAGUAAAAUUUGGAAUUUAAUAAAGGAAAAAAAAUAAAAAAUAAAAAGAUAUAAUUUCCCUGUUUUUGCUUUAUUUUACUAAUAUGAAUAAACUUAUUAAAGUUAAAAAUGAAAAAUAUUCUAAUCUUCAAAAGAAUUGUUAAAAUCAAUAAUAAAUGGUAUUACAUUAAUAAUAAGUAGAGCAGGAAAACUAAUUUUAAUAACAACCUAAUUUAUUGGAAAAUGAUAAAAGUAAUUAGUUAGAGGAAUAAAGUUCUGAUAUUUAAGAAUAGAAAGAUCUUGAAAAAUUAAAACAUAUUUAAUUUGGUAGGAGGUAUUGGAUUAUUUUGGUUAUAUAUGUGGAAAUGUUUAUUUUGGCUAGGUAUGUUUAUUUUUUGAUUUUCUAAUAAUAUAUAAUUGAUAAAUCUGAUUCAUAUAAUUUAAUAUAUUUAAUUGGAAUUAAUUAUAAAUAUUCGCUUUUUAAAUUUGGAUUAGGGUUUAAAUCUGAUGAUUUUGCUUCUGAAUCUAUAAUAUGGAUAUUAUUUUUCUUUAUUAUUUUAUAAUAUGAUUCAUAUAAGAGUAAAAUAUAUUUAAAGUAUUCUCAUAAAAUUAAUACUAUUUUAUCUAAGAAACCUUUAAUUUAAAAAAUAUUUCCUCAAUAUAUUGAUUUUGUAGAAAAGUAAAAAUAAUAAAAUAAUUUUUAUUAAUUUUUUCUUUAAAAAAAAAAAAAGGAUAAAUUUAAUAUACUAUUCAAUAGUAACUUGGAUUUCUUUUAUUUUGAUUUCCGGAGUUUUAAUAUUAACUUAAUUUUCAAUUAUUAAUAGUUUUGUUUUGCUCAUAAUUAUGAUUCUUAUAGUAUAUUAUGUUAUUCAUUAAGAGUUAUUGACUUUAAAUUUUGUUAAAUAUAAGCAGUUUUGGUUUUAAUAUUUUUAACUUUCUUACGUUAUUUUUUACAAUUAACAGGAAAAUAAUAUAUAAAAGAUCAUAUUAUAAUUAAUUUUGGAAGUUGGUAUAGUACAUUUUAAUUAUAUAGACAUUCAAUAGGUUUAUAUUAAGAUACUGAUGAUAAAUAAUUGAGAUAUAAAUUUCUUCCUAAUGUCAUGAAUAUAUUUAUGGCAGUAUUGGUACUUGAUUAUUUUAGAUUAAUGUCAAGAGGACAUAAAGUUCAAUAGUAAUUGCAAUAAAUACAUAAAAAUGAGAAUAUUUUAUAACCUCAAAACAAAUAAAGCUUAUCUUAAUUAAACAUAAGUUUCAGUAGAUAACAAAGUCGAAAAAUGAGUAUUUUAUCAGAGAAUUCAAUAAUAAGUGAUUUUGAAAUUGAAAAUAAAAUCGAAAAUUAAAAUGAAAUUUAAUCUUUUAAAAUUUAUUAAAAAUAUCUUUUAAUUGAUAUGCAAAAAGAAUUUCCUUUUAUAUAAUUACCAAUGAAAUUUAUUGCAAAAUUUUUUACAGAUUUAAUGUCUUUUCUUGUUGUUAUUUUUGCUGUUAAUUUCAAAAUUUCUAUUAGCAUGUUUUAUUUUUUAGUUAUUUAUAUGUAUUUUUAUUAUAAAACGCAUUCCGGGGUUCUUAGAUAUAUUGAAUAGAAUAAAUUCUAUGAGUAAAUUUCGACUAAAAUGUUUAAAUAUAAGCAUUAAUUUUUGUUAAUUUCUUAAACUAAAUAUAAAGAAUAAAAAAAUUAAGAAAAAUUAGAAAAUUAAGAAAAAAAGAGAUAAAAAGUAGAAUAAUAAAUAUUUAAUGAAGAAAAUCAUGUUUUAUUAGAAAAUAUAAAUUAUUUAGAUCAACUGAAUUAAUCUUUAAGAAUAGAAACUAAAUUAAAUGUUUGGGCAUAUUCUUUUAUUGGAAGUACUAUAUUUUUAAUUUUAACUUAUCUUUCUUCUUUUUUAUUAAGUCCAAUAGCUGUCCAAUAUUUUUACUAAGUUAGUUUGUGGAUUUAAUGGUUCUCUUUUAUUUUAGGAACUUAAAUUACGGUUUUGGAUAAUAUGUCCAACACUUUUAGAAAUAUUUAUUUUUAUUUUCUUAUUUUUUGGCUUAAUGUUAUUGAUUGGAAAUGUCUGUUUUAUUUAAAAGACUAACUCGAUAAAUUUAAAGGUCCAAAUUAAAGUGUAGCAUAAAAAAAUUUUGAAAACGAAAAUAAUUAUAGUAUUUAAAAUUAAAGUUAAUUAAUUUAACUUGAAAAUAGUGAAAUUUCAUUAACAAGUGAAUAAAUUUCUAGCUAAAAUUAUUAUAAUAUUUUAAAUUACUAUAAAUAUAGUACAUCUUAUAUUUAAAUGAAAUUAAUGUUUUCAACUUUGUUUAUAAUUCAAAGAUUUUAUAUUUUGUUAAUUUUGUUUAAUUCUGAAAUAAAAGGAAACGCUUAUAGUUGGAUUUAUUUAAUUUUAGCUUGCUUUUUUUGGGUGAGAAUACCAAAGUCUUCUAAUAUUAGGUCUUUAAAUACUUGGUCUAUUUUAAUAGUAUUAUUUUAAUAUGUUUUCUUUUUGCUUAAUAUAAAUUAAGAUAAUUCUUUAAUAUAAAUUCCUGAAAAUCUUUUAAAUUUAAAGAGCUUUUCGGUUAUAUAAAUUUUUUUCAAAAAUAACAUCUAUGAAAAUUAUUUGGGGUUCAAUAGUAAAGAAAAGGGAACUUUUGUAGUUAAUUCAAUAAUCAUAUUUUUAAUUGAAAUUUAUUAAACUUAUUUUAUUGCUAUUUGCUUAGUUAUUAUUAAUAAAAUAAGCGAAAAGACUGUUAAUUAAUAAAAAAAAUAUGAUUACAAAAUUUGGAUAAACUUCUAAUCUUGGAAAAAAAUUUCUUAUAAAAUUUAUUCAUCUAUAUAUAGAAGUAAAAUUUUAUAUAUUAUUUUAUAUUUUUAAAUAAAUUAUAAAAAAAUAAAUAGUUGUUCUAUUAAACUUCCAUUUAAUAGUAAUUAUUAUUUCUAUCGUCUUCUCUUGUUAAGAAUACCAAAUUAUAAAUAUGAUAAUUUUAUUCAUGUGCUUAGGAUAUUUCUUUUAUUAUGAAUUUGUGAAAGAAUGGCCAUUAAAAAUAGAAGAGAAACGAGGAAUAUUAUAAUUUUUUAUUACCCUGAGAUUAUGCAUUUUUUUAAUUUUGUUUGCAUUUACUACUUUUAAAAUUCCUUAUUUAGAUUGCAAAAUAAAUUCUUGCUGUGCACAUAAUUAUGAUAAUGAAGAAAGUUUAUAAGAAUGCAUAAACUAAUAAGAAAACGAAAAUCCUUAUUUAUAUUUUUUCCAUAAAUAAAUGAAUGCAUUUAAAGUAGGAGGAAAUAUUUUCAUUUUAUUUUUUAUCUAAUUAAUUUUCGAUAUUUUGAAUUCUUAAGAUUUUGAUGAAGCUAUAAUAUAAAAUUAAAAAAAGUCUACUUUAAAAGCGUCUUUAAUUUCUAAAUGUAUGGCUU